AUGAAUUCCCGCAGCGGCGUUGGCAGUGCCAGUGCCAGUGUUGUCGCACGGAGGCGGAAUGGAAAGCAGCAGGCCUGUGAGCCUUGUCGCAAGGCAAAGAUUGCUUGCGAUCACUCUCUACCUACUUGUGACCGCUGCAGGCGUAGGAAGGUUACUGAAAAAUGCGUUUAUCACGCUGCGCCCAUGACCAAGACCGGCUCUGGACAAGCAACUUCUCCAUCCGGAAUAGAAAACGGAAAGAGCCACAGACAGCAGCCCUUGCUUACACCUUCCCAUCCUGCUGCUGUGUCUAUUACCUCGCCCGAGGUUAGCACUACACUGCUAGCACAAACCCCUAAAGAUUCUCGUUCCCCAGCGAGUAGCGGGCCCUUCAUCAAAUCAGGAGGGUUCUUCGGGCCCACCAACUUUUCUGCGGUCUUUCUCGAAAACCGUGAUAAUCUCGUAUCCGGCAAUGAAGAGAUGCAAAUCUCCAAUGACUCUGAAGAUCCUCUUCCUCCUUCAGAAAGUCUUCAAUCUCAAACCUUCCUCAUGCUAGCCACCGGCAGUGCUGCGAAUUGCAGUCCAAGAGUUGAACUUGGUGCCAAGGUGCUUAGAUCAUUGCCAGACAAAAUCACUUGCAACUUCUUGCUUGAAUGGUACUACGAGAAUUGCGAUUCAUGCUUCGGCUACAAUCAUGUUAUCAUGAGUUGCGCAAAAAGCUUGUGGCAGACCUACGACCCAUUUCUGACUGAACCCACGCCAGAAAACAUGCAACACGUUUCCACGAUCCUGUGUGAGAACAGCAAAAAAAUCCUCGAAGAACCUACCGGCUCCGAGAACCUUUACUCUAGAUGGUUAGACUCAUUCUGUGGAAGUAACAUGAGAUGGGAGACUGUUGGCCUUGUGUUCUGCGCUCUCACGCAGGCGACGCUUAGUCUGCCAGAACGGGAUGCAUUCUUCUGUACGCAGACGGGGAAUAGAAAGGGUAGGAAAGCUUUUGCAGUCGAGAUGAAAGACUGUAUUCAGGCUUGCAUCACGUUGAGUAAUUGGAUGGAUUUAAUAAAUCUGCCAAUGGUCUUCCUGCUUUCAAGGAACCUCGUUCUUCAGACUGUUAUUAGCGGCGAUACAAGUUUGGUUGUAUGGAGGCAACUAGGAGAUCUGGUCAGCGCGUCAACUGCACUGGGGCUCCAUAGACAGGUGACUACGGAACAGCCCAUCACUUUCCUCACGGAGAUGAAGAAGCGCGUCUUUACCUUAAUAUUCAACUGGGACAAAUCAACCUCGGUUCUCACUGGACGGCCACCAGCUCUAAGUUAUCGCUAUACACGCUUCAAGUUUCCUUUGGAUCUGAGUGAUGAGGCAACAAUGGCUGGCGGGGACGAGCUAAUUGCUGCUAUAAACAAAUUGGACAAAGAUGGGUGGAACACAGAUGGUAAGAUAUACACUAGUACGGUCAAUCGCGUUCACGGCAUCGAUUCCGUGAUCCUGGACGAGACUCUCGAGUUAUGCCUUGGAGAUCCAGCAGAUUGUACCGAGGAAAGAACAACGUAUCUUAUGCAAAAAUUGCAAAAUUCUUUCGAUUCCUUGCCUAGUCACAUACAUUUCUCCUAUGCCGAGCCGCCUACUGGGAACCGUAGUGAUAGCUUCUUCCGGAAAGUCCUCUGUAUACGCCUUGCGUACCUAGAGCACCGUCUGCUGCUCGAACGAAUAGCCUACAAACAUGGCUGGUUAGAUGGCCAGAGCAUGGUUGACUGCGCCACUGAAAUGCUCGAGUUGACAGUCUUAAUUUGGGUACAGCGAGACCGUUUUGUCACGCAUGAGCCCGAUUUUGACUGGAUGCUUAUGGUAUGGGGUGUACCAUCUUCCGGGGUACUUUGUGUGGAAUUGCUAAAACAGUUAAAAAAUCCUGGUGCUCCUCAUCCCAGAUUCAAGCGAAGUGAAAUCGUCCAGAACCUCAGCUUACUCAUUGGGUUCCUGGACUGGGUGCGGCCUACUGCGGGUAAUUAUCAACUCUGUACUCGCAUGAAGUUGAUUAUCAAGAGGAUAUUGGAUCAGAUUUUGGACCCGAGUCUGCCUUCCGCAUCCGUCCAACAAGCGAACAACGUUCAGCUCGUAGAGCCUAUGGGUGAUUGGAUGAUGGGUCAGUCCUAUGGCCCUGGUGAUGUAAUAGGGCCGUUCGACAUGGCAGUCCCGCCACCAGGAGCGUUUGAUAUCAACAGCUAUGAGAACGGAGUCGAUAAUUUGGAUUGGCUCAAUAACAUUGAUUGGUCAAGAGGGGGACCAUGGCUCGAUUUUGGUGUUGAGCAGGACAUGGCGGGGAUGAAAGCGAGUAGCGAGUUUUGA